AAUUAUGUUUCAAGUUGUAUCAUAAUUAUUUUCCGACAAGAGUUUUCGGAUCGUUUGUGUAUGUGCCAUCAAUUUCCGAUAACGCCCUGUUUUCUUUUGGAUUUUUUGAGUCCAUGCCAAUCAAGAUAUACUAAUGGUAACGUAAGGUAUGGGAAGUCAAAUUAAAUCAACCGCAGAUGCGAGUAUACAUCGGAUAAGAGAAUUUGAAUUAGAAAAAGUAAAUCUUAUAGAAGAAUUCGAUAUACUUCAAAUAGUGGGGGAAGGAUGGUUCGGAAAAAUCUUGCUCGUGGAACACAAAGCCACGGACAGGGAAAUGGUUCUAAAAGCACUACCGAAGCCCUAUACCGCUCUCAUUGAUUUUUACCGAGAAUUCCAUUACGGUCUUCACCUGGGCGUACAUAAAAAUAUUAUAUCUGCUUAUGAUGUGGCCUUUGAGACGGCGGGAUUUUAUGUGUUUUCACAGGAGUAUGCUCCAUUAGGUGAUCUAACUUCCAACGUAUCAGAGAACGGUAUAGGAGAAUUACAUACAAAGCGAGUGGCCAGACAAUUGGCAUCCGCCCUUGAAUAUAUUCAUAAAAAGGAAUUGGUUCAUAGGGAUAUCAAGUUGGAUAACAUUUUGGUAUUUAAGUCGGAUUUUUCCAGAAUCAAAUUAUGCGACUUUGGAGAAACUAGGCCGACUGGGUCGGUUGUUAUUCGCAGAAACGAAUGGCUACCUUAUGCCGCCCCUGAUAUUUUAGAGGUGCCUACAGAUGAAAGCUAUAUCUGUAAUUCCUCUCAUGAUGUUUGGCAGUUCGGUAUAGUCAUUUUCGUAUGCCUUACCGGCUGCUUACCAUGGCAAAAAGCGGCAUUUGAUGACCCUAGAUACGUAAGAUAUUCCUCUUGGCAUACCAGCCCAAUAGCAAUAAUGAGAACACCAAAGUUAUUUAAACUAGUAUCAUCAAAGGCACAAAGAUUCUUUAAAAAGUACCUGGAUCCUAAAGAAGAGCGUCGGCCUAAUGAUUUGAGAGAUGUUUAUAGAUAUUUGGAGGACAGAUGGAUGUCCAAAGGUAUGGAAAAAAUUACUGAAACCACCGUUGAAGAAGAAGGCUUGUGCCCCUCAAUGUAUAGCUUUCACAGUUCGCCGCAAGAAAAGGAUAAAUUAUUACACUCACUUACACAUUACGGUCUGGAAACUACUGUAGAUAGAAUCGCAAAGAAAGAUAGAAUAAGAAAAUGGAUUGAAAAUAGCGUGAUUGCUGAAGAAGGUAUGGAAGAUGGAGGUAUUGAUGAACCUGAAACGGUUCCCAAAAGAGAUGGGGCAAUAAAUAGGACCGAAGUUAUUAAAAAUAUUGGAGCCGAGAGGCAGAGAAAUAGAAAACAAAGCUCAAGACGCAUCGCAGAAAAAGAAUAUAGGCCUCCAGUGGAUCCCAGAAUUCCUUUAGAAAGUCAGAAACAGCAAAUUUCACCACAUGAAACUUCAAAGGAGUUAUCCAAUACCAGUGUAACUGGCGAAAACUAUAUAGAUAAGAGGCGGUACUUUCAAAACGAAAGAAAUGUUGCUCAAAAAAAAAUUCCAUCUUUUCGAACCAAUAUACUUCUUAAGGGGGUUGGAGUAAAUGGGAGCUCCAACAAAAAGAUCUUAAGUGCUUUGCCAUUUAAAAACGUUACAAUAGUCGAUCCAAACUCUCCGACAACUUCAUCUGACAGUGCGAUAAGCAGCGACAGCUCAACUGUUAAAUACAACUUUAAUAAAAAUUCACCUUCGGAACGUCAAUUAUCCGAAGCUUCCGGACAUAUCCAGAAUAGAUUAAAAUUUAUGUAAAUCAUAUGCUAAUCUAAAUUAAUAAACAUUUCUCACGGUUUGUUUAAUUUG